CCGAAAUGUCAAAAAGUGGCUUCAAUUUGAUUCAUGAGUUGUUUGCUAGAUUAUUUUUGAAAAACAAAAUGAAUCACAGUAAUUAACUAAUUGUGGUGAUAUCAGAUUUAACAGUACUUAUUACAUUAAUACAGAACCGGCAUCUGAAGUGAUGUGAUCUUGCUUUUGCGGGUGGAAUGUGCUUUGUUUGAUUGACGAAUUCCGUGUAUAAAGAAGGAAUCUGAAAUAGACUUUUGAUGUCGGGGUCGUGUACAAAAAUAACAUUGCUUCGUCGCAACUCGCAACCAGUCUGGCGGUGAUUCCGGCUCCAUACGUCAUGAUGGCCACUAAAAUUAUAUUUCGUGUUUCUUUGAUUGUUAUAGGGAUCCAUGCUGCACCACCAGCUGAUGAAAACCUACCCCCACGACCCAAAGAAGGAGGUGUCACCACACAAUUCUGUGAAUUCUACAAUAACACAUUACCAGAGCCUUGUGAUAGAACAAAGAAUGACACAUGUAUCCCGAAGAUAGUCAAGGAAGAAUGCCAACCCCUAGAGGCAGAUAAAAGCAAUCAUUGCUUUACACUAUGGCAAUUUGAUAAUACAACAAACACGGCCACAGUCAAAGUUAAAGGAUGUUUCCUAGAUACUGUUGCAUGCAAUGAUAGAUCAUCCAACUGCCGUUUGCAUAACAUGAAAUUGCCUUUGCUUCAUUGUUGCUGUGAAGGUGAUAUGUGUAAUGAGAAUGCCACCUACCCAGGUUUAGAGUCUAGUAUGACAUCACAAACUGAUAUUCCUUAUGAACGUGUGCCAGCUUCGCCUGUACCAACACCUGAUGAUGAUACAAAGAGAGUCUUAGCAUAUACACUCACACCACUCUUUAUUCUUUUUGCUGUAUUUGUUGGAUGCUAUCUAUUAUAUAGAAAGCGCAAAGGUGGUUCAUUUGCAGAGUUGGCAAGUGGUGAGGCAUCAUUAUCCCGACCACCUUCAGCUGGGGCAGGAAUGGAAAAUGAUGGUACCAGCUUGCAAGGACAGGUGACAUUAUGUGAAGUUAGAGCUCGAGGCAGAUUCGGGGCAGUGUGGCGUGCCAAGCUGGGUCAGAGUGAUGUCGCUGUCAAAGUCUUCCCGUUACAAGACAAGCAAUCCUGGGUGGCCGAGCAAGAAAUAUACAGGUUGCCACGAAUGGAUCAUCCAGAUAUUUUACACUACAUUGGUGUUGAUAGGACUGGAGAUAACUUACAAGCUGAAUAUUGGCUUGUUACUGAAUAUCAUGAGAAAGGUUCCCUAUGCGAUUACUUGAAAGCGCACACAUUCACAUGGCCGGAAGCGUGGCGAGUGGCAGCCAGUGUAGCGCGUGGUCUUGCACAUUUACAUGAAGAGGGGGGCGGCAAGCCUGCUAUAGCACACAGGGACUUCAAAUCCAAGAAUGUCCUGCUCAAAGCGGAUUUAAGCGCUUGCAUCGCUGACUUUGGGCUGGCUCUUAUAUUCGUUUCUGGUCACGGAUGUGGGGACGCGCAUGGUCAAGUUGGAACACGACGUUAUAUGGCGCCAGAAGUGCUUGAUGGUGCUAUUAACUUUACGAAGGACGCCUUCUUAAGAAUCGAUAUGUACGCGUGUGCGCUGGUGCUCUGGGAAAUUGUUUCAAGAUGUGAGGCAGCCGGUGUUGACCCAACCGCGCAAUACCGAUUACCCCUCGAAGAGGAAGUGGGUUCGCAUCCCGGCCUAGAAGAAAUGCAGGAGACAGUCGUUCAAAGGAAAAUGCGGCCACAGAUACCGCCACAGUGGAGAGAUCAUCCAGGUCUGGCAGUCCUUUGUGACACAAUGGAGGAGUGCUGGGACCACGAUGCCGAAGCACGUCUAUCAGCGUCAUGUGUGCUUGAACGCAUCGUCGCUCAGAGACCAACAACGAGUCAGCCCUCUCUAACACCUGACACUACACCACUGCUCAUUCACGAGUUGAAUGACCCCCAACCCUGCUGACCGCUGCUUGAUGACCUUCCAUUGAUACAGUUUUGAGAGGUUCCAUACGAUUGAAAGAACUAGAAUAUGAAAUCUUUAAAUUGCAAUUGAACAUGUGAAGAAACACUGAAAACAACAAUCCAUUUCUUUAUUAGUUCUGUGUCGAGUUGCAAGUUAUUGGCUAUGGUCUAAAGUUAACGGGACAAAGGCGAUACAUAAUUAUUAGGUAUUUUGUUGAUGCAUAAACGUUUCAAAUUGAAUUUUCUUCAGUCUGUUUUAGUUUGACAAACAAUGACACAUUGCGUUGAAAAAUGCUGUUUUGUGACGCUACAAUCAUAAAGAAUCUUCUAGAUGGCUAUAGGAAAAUUUCGUACUCAAAGUAGAAAAUAUGAAUUAUAAUAUUGGUAUGAUGAGAAUUGUGUAAAUGAACGACGAAAUGUCGUAAAUUGGCAUUCUUGUAAAUUUCCAUGUGGUCUUAGUGGAGACCAUGGGGUUGAGAAUGUAAAACAAAAGGCGUUAUCUUUCGUUUAACAUUCUAAACACAAUAUUUGGUGUUAUGUCUAUGCGUAGAGAUGUGACUAGAGUAAAUUGACUAUGGACUAAAUAUCAUAGACUAUAGAAAAUAAUACAUCUAUCAGGGGGGUACCGUCACCGCAUUGAAUUGUAAUACGUCUUAACACAUAGAAAGACGCAAUAAUAAUGAUUUUGCUGAGAAGGCUUAUGGCUUAUUUAAAAAUCUCUAAAUUGGUCUUAAUUAUACUAUUUCGUCUCUAUCCAUUACAAUGCAAACAAAAUUUGAUAGAAAAAGACGAACGAGUUUAGUUGAAACAGUUGUUUUUUGGGGUGUUAUAAAAUAAUAAGCAAUAAAGUUAAUAUUACUUGAGGUAGAAGUUUGUAUACUUCUGUUAUAUAUUA